AUGGUUUCGAAUGAAGGUUCAGAAGAAACUGGCGAAGAAUUGAGGUUACCAACGACUGCAGCACUUGAAAAGGUUUUACAAAUUCUCGAAUUCAAUAGUCCUUUAAAUCUUACGCCAAUAACAAAUUUCAUUCGACAAGAAGUUGUAUCUAGAAUAUCAUUUUUCGAAAAUAAAAUCUCCAAAAUAUGGAUAUUCAAAAUGUUUGUUCAACUGGGGAUUCCGCAAGUCUAUUUAUUUGCGGCCAUAAUCAUCUUUUCAGGAAUGAUGGUUAGGAGCAUGUAUAAGAAAUCUGUUUAUCUUUUAUGUAAUUUAGUUGGUGUGGUAUAUCCUGCGUAUAAAUCAAUUCAAGCUAUUGAUCUUUCAACAAAUGAUAAUGAGAAAGGGGAAGUUUCAACAACUAUAGCUUUUAAAGAACAAAAGCAAUGGCUAACUUAUUGGGUAGUGUAUGGAUGGUUACAGGUCGCCGAUAAUUGGUCAAAUUGGUUGUUAGAGACGUUUCCAGGAUACAAUUUGUUUAAAUUGAUAUUUCUAUAUUGGGCACAAAAUGGUCGUUCAAGAGGUGCCACCUUAAUAUUUGAAAAAUUAUUAAGACCUUUACUAAAGAAACCACUUAUUAAUAAUAUCCAUAAUACCGCCUCCACAAGUCAAAAACAACGACAGAAACAGCAAACCAUUCAACAACCUAUCAUUUCAAGAAGAGUUGUUGAAGGAACACCUUCGUCUAGUGUCUCAUUUAGACCCGAACCACCACCUGAGGAGAUAUGGAAGAUGGAAACCGUUGCAACGUCACGUGAUAAUGAUGUUAAACCAUAUCGUCUGAGUAGCGUAUCAUAG